AUGAAGGAAUACAUGUACCCAACUAGGGAAAGCCAACCCUCUUGCAUCAUUCUACCAGCUGAUGCUGGCCAGUUUGAACUAAAAGCAAGCACAAUUCAUAUGUUUCCUAUGUUUAGAGGGGUUAAUGCGGAAAACCCUUACCACCAUGUAAGAGAUUUUGAAGAUAUCUGUGGGACUUUGCGUUUCGACCAAAUGCCGAAAGAGUCCCUCAAACUGAGACUGUUUCCUUUCUCUUUAAAAGAGAAAGCCAAGUCUUGGCUGAAUGCACUACAACCACAGUCCAUUGGAACACGGGAAGAGAUAACAAAAGAAUUUUUCAAAAAGUUUUUUCCAAACCAUAAGACCGUGGAAAUUCGUCAAAGUAUGAAUAAUUCUGUGCAAUUAGAGGGUCUAGAUGUCAGUACCCGAUCCACAGUUGAGUCAAUGUGCAAUGGUGCAAUUAUUGAUAAAAGUUCUAAAGAGGCUUGGAAUUUCUUAUUUGAAUUUACUGAAAAAAAUCAACAGUGGGAUUCCAUUCGUGAACCUAUCAAGACUACCCAUGUAGCUAAUGUACAUAUAAUUGAGUCUGACUUUGAGGGAAAUAUAAAGAUUGCAUCCUUGGCUAGGAGAAUAGAAGCGAUAGAGCUGCAGCAGAAUGCGAAAACUACUGCCGCCACUGUCCGUGACCAAAUUGAGACAUCCCAUUGUGCAGCAUGUCACAGUUCAGACUACUUAGUGGAUUGUUGUACAGACCUACAAGCAUUUCACGAGUUUAAAGUCGAGCAGGCCAAUGCUCUGUGUCAGAAGCAAGAGAAGAACCCUUAUUCUCAGACCUACAACCUAGAGUGGAGAAAUCACCCUAACUUUUCAUGGUCUAAGGGGCCUGUACAAGGACGUACAACUAGUAAUAACCAAGGAUACUCAUAUCUCAUAAACCCUAAAGUGCAACCACACACACAGUAUCCUGUAGAGAAAAAGCUUAGUCUUGAAGAUAGUGUCGAUCUGUUGACCCAAAAUCUGUUGCAACUAAACAAGACCACAUACCAACGUUUUUCAAGUUUAGAACUUAAAAUGGGACAAAUUUUUGAUGCACUAAAUGAGAGAGAAAAAGGUAAGCUCCCUAGUCAGCCCCAACAAAAUCCAAAAAGUACAUUUCAGGCAAGCACGUCAACUUGCAAUGAGUCCUCACAAUAUCAAGUGAAUGAUAUCACCACUCUUCGUAGUGGUAAAGUUGUUGAUAAAAAUGUAGGAGAGUGA